AUUGCAUUUGCACUGAGCAGCCAAAAGAGUGAAAAACCAAGAAUACUACAUGGUAGCUAGUAGCUAGAUGUAAAGCGUAAACGCAUUACGGAAUCUUGCUCCUCUAUAAAUGGCAAGCGGUGGAACCGAAUUCCCAACACAAACUACUCAUCGCUUGCAAACUGAAACCUAAUCUAGUUCUCCCAAUGGCCAACACUAAGUCACGCAAUACGAUUCUCAUCAUCCUCUUCCUAUCCUCGUUAUUCGUAUCUCAAGCAUUCGAAGACACCCGCGUCUCUCCCAGAACCAUAUGCAAAUCCACCCCAGACCCUUCUUAUUGCAGUUCCGUGCUCCCACCCCAAAACGGCAGCGUUUACCACUACGGGAGGUUCUCCGUCAGAAAGUCGCUGUCCCAAGCCACCACUUUCUUAAACUUAGUCAACAAAUAUCUGAAACGCCGCUCCUCUCUCUCGAGCGCCGCAAUCCACGCGCUCCAAGAUUGCCAAACCCUCGCCGAGCUCAACGUGGAUUUUCUCUCGACUUCCUUCCAAACGGUCAACAAAACAACGCCAUUCCUACCCACUUCGGAAGCCGACGACAUUCAAACCCUCCUCAGCGCCAUUCUCACCAACCAACAAACCUGCUUAGAAGGCCUUCAACUUCAACCCAACGCCUCCCUCACCCACCGACUCUCCCUUCCGCUUUCCAACGACACCAAGCUCUACACCGUCUCUCUCGCGCUCUUCACAAAGGGAUGGCUUCCCCACCACGCUAACGUCACCGCCUUUCACCCCACCUCCACCCACCUCUACGACUCCGUCACCCGGAGGAAGCUGCUUCCGGCCGCCGUGGCUGACGAGGUUAAGGUGAAAGACAUCGUGACGGUGGCCAAAGAUGGCAGCGGAAACUUCACCACCAUCAGCGACGCCAUUGCCGCGGCGCCCAACAAGUCCUCGUCGUCGGCGGGGUACUUUCUGAUCUACGUCAGCGCGGGUGUUUACGAGGAAAACGUGUCCAUUGAUAAGAAGAAGACGUAUUUGAUGAUGAUUGGAGAUGGCAUCAAUCAAACAAUUAUUACCGGGAAUCGCAGUGUUGUUGAUGGAUGGACAACUUUUAAGUCAGCCACCUUUGCGGUGGUUGGCGCGGGAUUCGUGGGUGUGAACAUGACUAUCCGCAACACCGCGGGGGCAGAGAAGCACCAAGCGGUGGCACUUCGCAACGGCGCAGAUCUGUCGACGUUCUACAGGUGCAGCUUCGAGGGGUACCAGGACACGCUGUACGCGCAUUCCCUGCGACAAUUCUACAGAGAAUGCGACAUCUACGGCACGGUGGAUUUCAUCUUCGGAAACGCUGCGGCUGUGUUCCAAAACUGCAACAUGUACCCUCGGCUUCCGAUGAGUGGGCAAUUCAACGCCAUCACCGCACAGGGCCGAACCGACCCCAACCAAAACACGGGCACUUCCAUCCACAACUGCACAAUUAGAGCAGCCGAUGAUUUGGCUGCCAACCUAAAUGCCGCUGAAACUUAUCUGGGAAGGCCUUGGAAAAACUACUCGAGGACGGUUUACAUGCAGAGCUUUAUAGACAGUGUUGUCGAUCCUGCUGGGUGGCGCCAAUGGGACGCUGAUUUUGCUUUGACCACUUUGUACUAUGCCGAGUUUAACAACACCGGACCUGGAUCCACCACUGCUAACAGAGUCACGUGGCAGGGUUACCACGUCAUUAAUGCCACCGAUGCUGCUAAUUUUACCGUCUCUAACUUCUUGCUUGGAGAUAACUGGCUACCCCAGACCGGAGUGCCUUUCGCCAGUAACUUCAUAUAGAAUCAUACAUGUAUACAUCCAUCACUCAUUCACUAUUUCCUAUUAUUUUUUCUAAUUGGCUAAAUAAGCAGAAUACCUAAUCCCUGCAACUGCAAUGUAAAACUACAUUGUUUAUAUUAAUAUGCAAAGCAAAGCUUGUCUGCCGUAUUAUUCCUUUAGCUUUGGUCUUAUUUUCGAUUUCAGGCAGAAGCCUCUCUGUUUCAAUUGCAAACCUUGCCUCGGAUUUGGAUAUAACUUGUGCUCUAUAUAAAAGAAUAUAUAUAUC